AUGCCCGGGAGCAGGUGCAGACUUCUUAGCCCUUAUCUCAGAGGGGGUAUCACGAGCCAUCAGAGGACAGAAGAUUUACAAGAGCUCAAUGAACGAGCAAGAGCAAAAGCCCUCCACUCAAAAAGACAACAGGAGGAAAUGAGCCUCCAAAGCGGCUGCAGGGGUCUCGACCGGAACAAACAUUGA